AUGGGCCAAGUAUCUGGGUUCAAUCUAUCUAUCGUACUAGCCCUCUGCUUAGGCAGUCUGACCUACGGAUACAUUUUAGCCGUCAUCACUAAUACACUUGGACAGCCUGGAUUCUAUACUUAUUUCAACCUCACUACGGACAUAACGGAGACCGAGAAAUAUGGCUAUACAAACCGGAUUAUCGGUGCCAUAAAUGGCAUCUUCUCUGCUGGUGGCGUCUUCGGCGCUAUAUUCUCUGCUUGGAUGAGCGAGGUACAUGGGCGGAAGAGAACUCUGAGCAUAACAACCAUCGUUACGUUGAUUGGUGGUGCCUUACAGACAGGGUCUGUUCAUGUUGGAAUGUUCCUUGUAGGACGUUUUGUAUCUGGAUUUGGAGCUGGCAUGUUAAUCACUAUUGUACCUGUUUUCCAAUCUGAAAUCGCGCCGCCAGAGAACAGAGGAAUGCUGGUCUCAUUGAACGGCGUUCUCAUCGUGGUCGCUUAUAGCUUGGCAGCAUGGAUUGGCGUGGCCUGCUACUUUUCGACGAACGUGGCGUUACAAUGGCGCUUCCCGCUCGCUGUACAGAUUCUUUGGCCGUUACUUCUUCUAGCCACGCUGCCAAUUGUUCCAGAGUCUCCCCGCUGGCUACUUGCCAAUGGGAAUACACAGGCUGCCUGGGAAGUUAUCUCCAAAUUGCAUCAUGAAUCAGCUGAAGGACUCGCUCGAGCCGAGUUCGAGCAGAUGCUACAGCAAAUCAGGGCUGACAUUGCUGCUGCGGAGAACGAGAGUUUGUUGGAUUUGUUCCGUAAGCCAAGCUACCGCAAGCGAUGUAUCUGUGCAUUUCUUGUCAUGUAUGCCGGUCAGGCAUCAGGGAAUCUUGUAAUUGCCAACUACAGUGUCAUCAUAUACAAAGGCCUUGGACAGACCGGCGUCAUCCCACUCAUUCUAGCAGCCGUUUACUGCUCUGUCUCGGUUUUCUUGAAUUAUUUAUGUGCGCUUUUCAUCGAUCGAAUAGGCCGAGUCACUCUGUUUGUUAUCGGUCUUACCGGGUGCUUGGUAUGCCUUUGUGUAGAGUCCGCCCUGCUUGCCGAGUAUAUCGCUUCAUCAAAUCAAGGAGGUCUGAAGGCGGCCACAUUUUUCAUAUUUUUCUUCAUUGUCUGGUACGGUGGCUGUAUCGAUGCGAACACGUACGUCUACUGCGCUGAGAUAUUUCCCACCCACAUUCGUCCACGCGGAAUGGCAUUAUCCAUGGUGACUUUGUUCGUGACAUCGACGCCAUUCCUGGAAGCCGCUCCGACGGCUUUUGCGACAAUUGGGUGGAAAUAUUACCUUGUCUUCAUCGUCCUGACAGCCAUUAAUAUUCCGAUUAUGUACUUGUAUCUCCCUGAAACUAAAGGCAUCACACUUGAAGAAAUCAGUGGAAAGUUCGGGGAUCAUGUCAUUAUACAUCUAAAUGAGAGUAGAGGGAAGGUGGAUCUGGUGGAGACUGAGAAUGUAGAUAAGGGCGAUGGAGUCAGAAACGGGAAUGUUGCUGGAGAAAGUCUAUCGGUCUAA